AUGUUUUCGUUCAAGAGGAGAAUGGAGACAUUUGCAGGAUGGCCCGAGGACUACGGGGCGGCAACUCCGGAAAGUCUCUCCAUUGCUGGGUUCAUGUGCCUAUCUGCUGAGUCGGACGAUCUGACGGUGAGGUGUGUAUACUGUGACAAGACACUAGAGUGUUGGGAAAGAACAGAUGUGCCGGCAAAGGAGCACUAUCUGCACAUGAGUGUAUGCCCGCUCUUCAAUGUGAAUAAGGUGGAGGGCAGGGUGCAUAUGUUUGAUGGGUGGAAUCCAAAGGAGGCUCGAGUGCUUGCAAGGAAGGGGUUUGUCAAGUACAAUCUUGGAGACAUGGACUUCAUCUUUUGCUACAAGUGCGGGUCGAUUGAUAGGAACCAUGUGUGUAGACGAAAACGGGGAUGUCCAUACAAUGCGGAGAAGAGCUCAAACAUAUUCUUCUACGACCUGAUUGGAGGCGCCUAUAACAAAGAGUUGGCAAGGUAUACCGAGUGCAAUCUGUACAUUCCGAAUCAGCUGAGAGAGUUUCUGGGGAUGGUUGUGAGUGAUGCAAGGAUGUCUGCCCUGGGAAGCAUCGGAGAUGCCAUAGACGUGUAUGUAAGCAAUAAGCUGGCAGAUAUGGAGAAGGCCAUGGACAAUGAUAUUGAGAAGAUCCUCGGGGAGAUGGCAGGUGGGAUUGAAGGGAAGGACCCUGAGCGGGGACGGUGUAUGUCCCUGGAUGUACUCCCCACCACGGCGGAAAAUUCGAGGUAA